GAAGAGCUCCAGAAACUCAUUGGACAUCUGAGUCUCCUCCUGCUGACUGCAGAGCUUCAUGACUGACACCUCUCUGAUUCCAGCUGUGAACAUCAGACCAAACACAACUCACUAAACGUUUCCAUACUGAACAACCACAGCUUUCCCCUCUGUGAACAUGGAGAAACUGGCUGCAAUUCUACUCUGUUCAGCUCUCAUAGGUAACAGCUUGGAAGAUGAUAUUACUGCCAUCAGUGCUGAAGUGUGUUCCUCAGAGGGCCGUAGUGUUACUCUGUCCUGUACAUAUUCAGUUAAAGCCAAUAACCUCCAGUGGUACAGACAGGAUCCUGGAUCAGCUCCUCAGUUCCUCCUCCUGAUCACUGACACAGCACAGCCUUACGUGGUGGAAGCAAAACCUCCAAUCCCUCGACUGAAUGCCACACUGAACUUGGAGAGAAAUCAAGUGGAUCUGCAGAUCUCCUCUGCUGCAGUGACAGACUCUGCUGUGUACUACUGUGCUCUGCAGAUAUUCACCAGAGUUCAACACAGACCAUCAUCAUCACCUUCAUUCAACAUGCUGUCAUUAGACUAUUAUUUACAUUCCCUACUGUUAGUUUCCAUUCUAAGAGGGGUCAGCUGUGAAAAUCUCACUGCAUUACAGAAAGAAGAGUUCAGUCCAGAAGGCAGCUCUGUUACUCUGUCCUACAGAUACUCCAAACAAGCAACUGGUGGUGAUGAGUUUUACUGGUAUCGACAAUAUCCAGGAAAACCACCAGAGUUCAUCAUCUAUCAUUUAGGAACUGGAAACAUUAUGAAUAAUCUGAUCCCUGGACUGAAUAUUACAGUGGAGUCAAACCAAAUCAAUAUGAGCAUCUCCUCUGCUGCAGUGACAGACUCUGCUGUGUUCUACUGUGCUGUGAGGCCCACAGUGACAGGAAACACCAACACUCUGUACACAAACACCAGCUGACACACUGACAAG